CAACGAUAAACUACACUCACACUGGCAAGCAGAACAGGCAGACUAAGAAAACCUGAACCAGGCAUUGUACCUCCUCCUGCACCAGCUAUAAUCAGCUCUAGGACUAAAACAAACAGGUUGAACCUAGUCAUGUUGUGGCUCAUUGUUACAUGUGUGGCCCUACUUCCAGUAGGUCAAGUUAGCACUCAGGAAAUGCCCUACGAGCACCUGAUAUCCCAGCUCCAAGCAUGUCCUAAAGAGUGCCGCUGCCCCCCAAACUUUCCCAAUGCUGUUUACUGUGACAACAAGAGCUUGAAACACAUACCCGUCAUUCCCCCGUACACCUGGUACCUGUACCUUCAGAACAACCUCAUCGAUGUGGUCUCAGCUGAAGCUCUGCGCAACGUCACACAGCUAAAAUGGAUCAAUCUCAGCCGCAACAAAAUCACAAGCGUAGAGGCUGAUGCUCUCAAGGCCUUACCCAACCUUGUACACCUGUACAUGGAGGACAACUUGCUGACUUCCAUUCCAUCUCCUCUGCCAAGCAAUCUAGAACAGCUACGGCUCUCCCGGAACAAAAUCUCAAAGAUCCCACCUGGAGUCUUUUCUGGGAUGGACCAUCUUAUCUUGCUUGAUCUUCAGAGCAACAAGCUGCAGGAUGACGCAGUGACAGAGGUCAACCUGAAAGGUCUGAGCAACUUGGUCCAGAUCAACUUGGCAAAGAAUCAACUGAACAGCAUGCCCCUUGGUCUGCCACCAACAACCACGCAGAUAUUUCUGGACAGCAACAAUAUUGAGAAGAUUCCUGCCGAGUACUUCAAGGGUCUUCCCAAGGUGUCAUCUCUUAGGCUCAACCGUAAUAAACUGGCAAAUGGAGGCAUCCCAAAAACAGUUUUUAAUGUUUCCAGCAUACUGGACCUGCAGCUUUCUUACAACCAGCUCACUGACAUGCCCGUCAUCUCCCCUGAACUGGAACACCUGCAUCUGGAUCACAACAAAAUCAAAAGUGUGAACAGUUCUGAUAUUUGUCCAGCUGGGGCACUUGAUGACUACUUUAGUGACAAUGGUCCUCGUCUGCGCUACCUUCGCCUUGAUGGUAAUGAGAUCAAGCCCCCAAUUCCACGAGAGCUGAUGAUGUGUUUCCGUCUUCUUAGGGCGAUUGUGAUAUAAAGGUGUGAUGCCAGUGAGACACUCCGGUCCAUAUCGUUAACUAGAUCUGAAUGUGAAUGGAAAAUAAAGUUCUGGUCCAAUGAUUCAAUAUAAUGGUCCAAUUAAGGACUAGCUAUUUGGAAAUUCAGAAAUAAAAAAGGUAACUCCGUCAGCACCCUGCUGAAAAUAUUGCAGUAGUGUGAACUGGCAUUUAUUGUCAUGUUGGACAUAAUGCAGACUGGUUUUUGCUGGGCUAGCUUGUGGCCUAACAAAGUCAUACUUUAAUCAGAAACAUCUAAUAAUGCUGGUCAAUCAGCAUUGUAUUUUGCUAAAGCUGCUUGACCUAAAAACUGGUGGGCCUGGUGGAAACGCCAACAUCCCACAAUGCAAACCAUCCCGCCUAACAAAACACAUACAGGUGUUAAUAUAUGCUGGUCUUUUCGACAGGGUAGAGAUUCAUUUGACUGGUUCAUUUAAUGGUUCCUCAUGGAUAUAUUGUAAAACCACAGUGCCUACCUAUCAUUUUAUAUAUAUGGAGAACUAGCAAGCCUACACGGUGAGAAUUAGCAUUACCUUUUAAAAAUGUACGCUCCACUGAAUAAUUGUCCUUAUAAGUAAUAUAAUUUCCCUAUCCUGAGAAUAUGUUUAAUAUAAAACGAAUUUAACCAAAUAUACUCAGAACACAUUUUACCUCACCACAUCUUUCUGGGGUGUUUUUGGACAACUGAGUUAUGGCCUGCUUAUGAAGCCAGAUUUCUUGUAUUUUAUUCCAAGCUACGUUUAGUCACAAUAGCAGCAACACAAGUCUGAGGUUAGACUUAAUUUCUCAGUUUAAGUGUCAAACUAUCUAUUCUUAAAUUGCUUAAAUUGCUUUCUUAAAGAAACUGUGAACUUAUUCCCGCAAUUUUGUUUUUUUUACAUAUUUGUACAAUCAAUG